CCUCGCCCAUAUAUAAGAGUAGAGAGGGGCGAUGGAAUUCGGAGGAGCUGAUGCCCUAUCACUUCGCCACCCCUAGCAAAUCAAAGGAAAUCUCGAAUUAUUCUGCUUCUAGGCUGGUAUUUUGUAAAUCGGUCGGCCGUUGUUUUCCCGUUUCUGGUCUCAUUCACCGGUGCAGCUGUCGAAGGCAAUGGAGAUUAAAGUUGGUGAUAUUUUGCGCACUGUCGCCGCAUCUAUACUGCAGAUCGCAGUUUUUUGUCUGAUAGGAUAUAUUGCAGCGCGACGAGGGAUACUGGAUGUAAAAGUCCGCCGACAGAUGAGCCGAGUGAAUGUAGCUGUGUUCACACCGGCAUUAAUGUUCGGUAAAGUCGCCUUCAGUCUUACUCCGCAAAUUUUAUCCAACCUUUGGGUCAUCCCAGUUGGUUACUUGAUCCUAAGCUGCGCAUCAGCAGCUGUAGCAUGGGCGUUAGGAACAUGCUUUAGACUUUCCAAGAUCAGGCGAAACCUAGCAGUAGCAGGGGCGACAUUCAUGAAUUCGAAUACCUUGCCAAUCGCAUUGAUGCAGACUAUGUCAAGUUCUCCCUUUCUCAAAUGGAAAGCGGAUGACACAUCCGAGACGAUACUAGAGAGAUCAUUCCAAUACCUCGUCCUAUGCACCGUUCUUGGCGCCCUGUUGCGCUGGUCCGUAGGAAUCACACUGCUUAAUUCGUCUGAAGAACCCGUGGCGUCCUCAAACGAAACGGUGGCCAAAGCCAACACCCAACACGUGCCAAUGGCCACCAAUCCUGCUACUCCUCUCGAGUCCAAUUCAAAUUGCGACAAUUCACAUCCUUUCGGGGGUCUGAUUUCGCGGCCUGAAAGCCUCGUGGUCUCGCGAUUGCAUCGAGAGGUUAAUUCCAGCUACCUGGCCCCCAUGACCCCCAACUCUGCCAUGUCGGGCUACGAUCUGGAGGCCCUAACACCAGCUACCCCAUCUGGUGAUCACGCAGAGUUUCAAAACAAUGUUCUGAUAAACCCCAAGACAGGGAGAGGGGGCGAAGAGACAAGGAAAACAAAGUGUCUUUGCGAAGCUUGGCGUGGCGUUUGCCGCACGACCAGCAGAUUGAAAAAGCGUCUGGCGCCUCCCAAAAAGUUCCUCGAGGUAGUUGGUGAACUCCUGAACCCACCACUACUUUCUUCGCUUGCUGCCAUAUUUGUGGCCUGCAUUACACCCCUCCAGCAAGGACUUGGAAAGAUCAGACCAUUGAGAGAUUUCAUUUCGAUGGCGGGUGCUGUUGCCAUCCCACUCACACUAGUGCUACUUGGUGCAUUUUUCUACCGGCCUCCAAAAGAUAAAAAACCGCUGAUGGAAGAUGAAAAAACUCAGCUCAUCAAGGAGAAGCGGAGCCACUCGCGGAGAACCUUUACAGACAUAACCCUCACUCUCCUUGCCCGUCAUAUCAUAACCCCGCUCAUCAUGCUUCCCAUCUUGGCCGUUAUCUGCCAACGUUCACACCUUGAAGUAUUCAAGGACCCCGUCUUCAUCCUGUCCGCCACUCUGAUCGUCGGCGCCCCACCUGCAAUCACAUUGGCUCAAAUGACAUCAAAGGCAAAUAUGGAUUUCUUCGACGAGAUGGUCUCGAAGUUGUUGUUGUGGUCAUACGCCCUCGCCACUCCUAUAACUACCAUCUGCCUUGUCUUGGGAGCCAUGCUUAUAUACGAUUCCAUUCAAUAA